AUGAAUAACCCGGGAGGGCAAGGGAUUGAAUUGCGUGAGAGUUUGUUGUUAAGAGAGGGAGAGAGGGAGUGUAAGGGUCGCAGGCUCGCAACCCAACCCAAAUCGGCCCAGGGCCUGGGGCAGCCCCGUAAGGUGAUGGUCGGUAAGGUACAUCCUGACGGUCCAGGUACCUUGAGCUGUGCUGCGUGA